CUGCUGGGCCCUUAUGUUCUUUAUUCUGUUGACCCUUAAAAAAAAUACUACGUUCAACGUGACUCACCGAUGAUUCACAUCGACGCGCUCUUGAAAGCUUGAACUGAGAUACGAAUUUUCGGUUUUCUGGGGGAUUCAGCGCGAGUUGCGGUUGGGAAUGGACGGUGACGGCGAGGAGUUGACGGCGCAGGAGACCGCUCUUUACGACCGUCAAAUUAGGGUUUGGGGAGCUGAUGCUCAAAGAAGAUUAAGCAAAGCUCAUGUCCUUGUCUAUGGAAUGAAAGGAACUGUAGCUGAGUUUUGCAAGAACAUUGUUCUGGCUGGAGUAGGUAGUCUGACUUUAGUAGAUGAUCGGAUUGCUACCGAGGAAGCAUUUUCCUCAAACUUUCUCAUCCCUCCUGAUGAGAAUGUGUAUAGUGGAAAGACUCUUGCUGAGCUUUGCUGUAAUUCACUUAAAGACUUCAAUCCUAUGGUUCGAGUUUCGGUUGAGAAAGGUGAUUUAUCUAGUUUUGAUGUAGAAUUCUUCAGCAAGUUUGAUGUUGUUGUCGUCAGUUGUUGCUCACUUUCUGCCAAAAAACUGGCUAAUGACAAAUGCCGAAAGCUAUCAAAACGUGUAGCAUUUUAUGCUGUUGACUGUAGGGAUUCUUGUGGUGAAAUUUUUGUUGAUUUGCAGGACUAUAAAUAUUCGAAGAAAAAACUGGAUGAAACUAUUGAAUGUGACCUGAAAUAUCCUUCUUUUGAGGAUGCAUUAUCAGUACCUUGGAAGGAACUUCACAGGAGAAUGUCAAAACUGUACUUUGCUAUGAGAGUAAUAGAGAAGUUUGAAGAGGCUGAAGGACGAAAUGCAGGGGAAGUUUCAAUUGCAGAUCUCUCCGGUGUUCUCAAGUUGAAAAAGGAGCUUUGUACUGCACAAUCUCUCAAUGAAUCUCGUGUGCCUGAUGCUCUUCUAGAAAGACUGUUGACAAAUGCAACAGAAUUUCCUCCUGUUUGUGCUGUUAUAGGGGGAAUCCUUGGACAGGAGGUUAUUAAAGCAAUUUCUGCGAAAGGAGACCCCCUAAAGAAUUUUUUCUUCUUUGAUGCUUUUGAUGGGAAGGGCAUUAUAGAAGACAUUUCUGCGAAGUGAUUAAUGGCUGAGGUUUCGGCAAUCUAAUUCUAAAUUAGGGAUGGAUGUAACUUUUGUCAAAACAGCACAGAAAACUAGUAAAUUUCAAAAGAUCUCUAUAAGAAGAAACUGACCCUUUUUAUUAAUUGCUCAUAUAGUUUCUUAGUUGGUAAUUUAUCUAGACUUGUGACUGUUUAGGGUUAGGAUCUUCUCGUUUUGUAGACACUAAACACUUAAGUGUAUGUAGGCUUUGGGCCGUUAAUUAUUUUUCAUCACUAAGCAUACUCUGAAGUUUUGAAGCCUAA